GCCAUAUUGGUGGGAGGGGGGAGCGUCCAGCCUGCCAUAAACGUGUUGUCGGCUGGCCCCGUGCAGGAAGGUACGUCUGAGCUGUCGCGCUUUUCUGCACGUGUUUUGCAGGUAAGCACCGGCUCCCGAAGCACAACCCGUACAGUACAUCAUGAGCCCUUUGUCCUUGGAGGAGGAGUACCAAAACAACCCAUGCUUAAGAAGAGAGGACAUCAGUAACCUGAAGGAAUGGUUGACUCAACAUCCACAUCUCCCUGCCGUUCCAGACGAGAUGCUGAUCAUGUUCCUGCACGCUUGCAACUACAAGACAGACGCGACCAAGCACACCGUGGAGAGACACUACUCGUUGAAGGCCAGCGCCCCUGAGGUGUGGAGCAACAGGGACCCUUCGAGGCCCGAAGUGCAGAGAGCUCUUCAAAUCAUAGAGAUGUCGGCGCUACCCAGCCGCGACCCCGACGGCAACCUGGUGCUGGUGUGUCGCUUCGCCGAGCCGGCGGACCCGUCCCGCUUCGUGCACGCCGAGGCGGCCAAGGCCUACUCCAUGUUCCACGACCUGUCGGUUUGGCGGGCGGGGCUGGUGCCCGGGGUCGUCAUGGUGCUGGACCAGAAGGGCGCCAACCUGAGCCUCGUGGCGCGGCUCAACCUGUCCGUGCUCAGGAACCACCUGGCCUACCUGCAGGACGGGUUCCCGGGCAGGAUCGUCAACUUCCACGUGGUGAACUGCGUGUCCGUGACGGAGAAGCUCCUGGCGAUAGCGAGGCCCUUCCUGAAGAGCGAGCUCCUAGAGAAGUUAAGAGUUCAUGGAAGCGGUAUGGAGUCAUUGUACAAGUGUGUUCCUCGAGAAAUACUUCCAACUGAGUAUGGAGGGGAAGCCGGCUCUUUCAAGGACUUGCACAGUAAAACAAUCGAAGAGAUGAAACUACACCGUGAUUGGUUCCUAGAAGAAGAAAAACUGCAAAUAAACGAAUCAAAAAGACUAGGAACGGACAAAAAGUCAAAAGGUGCAUUUGGAAUAGUAGGUUCCUUCAAGAAACUUGACAUAGACUGAAUUGAAUUUUGUGUUUUUAUUUUUCCAUGCUAAUAAAGCAGAAAUCACACAGUGCAUGAUUCACGCAAAAACCAUGCAAAUUUCCAAAACUCUCAUGCAAUCUCUUGUGAUAGAUUACUGAUCACGUGAUGUCUUUGCACCAGAAACAGGGGUCGGAAAUAAGCCAAAUGCAUGUUAUUCAAAAACUGGUGAACCUUGAUGAAAAAGUUAAUUGCUAAGAUGUUGCAAAACAGACUGGCAUUUAGAUUUCAUUACGUAAAUUUUGGACGAUGUCAUUUUACCUGCUCGUCCCAAGAACAUUUUUGGCCAGUUGUAGAACAUUAUCUUCUUUUAAACGCAGCCCUACUUUUUUUAUAACGAAUGCCAUCAAGGGAAUAUUUUAAAAAUGUUAAUAACUGGCAUCAGAUAUAUGUAUAAAUUAUUUUCUAUUUUGGAAUUGCGUCAUAUUCUUUCAUUAGAGGUUCUGUACAUUUUCGAAUAAUUGCAUCUUACAUUGUGUGAUUCCAGCUUACAUGCAAUAUACGGUAAUAUUUUUUUUUGCAUUUUUUACAUAAGUUAUGAUGUAUGAUAUUUUAUACAUUUGUUGGAGUUACUUAUUAGUUUUCCUUAGUAUAAUUGUGCAAAAAUGUAAGAAUUAGUCAGCAAAUUAUUUUUGCAUAUAAAAUAUAUGCUUUUCUAACGUGAUUAAAACCUCCCGUGUUUUAAAAUUGGACUGUACAUUUCGAAAUUACCAUGCUAUAACACGAACUUACCUUCUUUAAAACAUAUUUCCAAGAGUUCUUUUUUGAAACUUCUUCUGCAGUCAUUGUAAUUUAAAAGAACACAACACACGUGACAUGCUGUAUUUUUAUUUGUAAAUGUAACAGAAAUAUUCAUGUAAAAUUACAGAUAUUUGUAAGUUUGUACAUUUACAUGAAAACAACUAUAUCAGUACAAAAUAGUCUUUGCAGAAAAAAUUGGUGUGGAUUCUUACUAGGGCAUUAAUGCUUUGUGUUGUCCUAGUGCCUCCAAUAGAAUACGUUUUUGGUAAACCAUUUCCUGAAUAUCUUUGCAGCAUUAACUGUGUACAUACAUUAAUAAGCAUAAUAAAACAAAAUAAACUUAAAUUAUUGAAUAUUCUAUUAUCUUUUAGAUGUUUUAAAAGUAUUACUUUUUAUUGAAGCAUCAAUUGAAAUAUAAAAUUAUGCCUAAAUUUACGUAAUAAAUACUCUGUAUUAUCUAUUCAAACGUAUUUCAUAUAUGCAAAAAUAACCAUAGCUAUAUGUUGUAAAAAUACAUGUUCUGUUUUGUAGUAUUACAAAAAUAUUUCGGCAACUGGUUUGCAAAGGAAUAUAUUUUUUUAAGUAGAUACAAUUUUUUUUUCCUGUGUAAGAUAAAGGAUUCCAAAUAGAAUCUCACGUGCAACGCUGUACCAAUAUCUUUCUUAAAUUAUUAUUUUUGAAAUCAGUGGUAAUUGAUGUUUUUGGUGUCCAAAUAUUUUAUUCUUUUGCGACUUAUUUGAGCAAACAGCCUUCAGAUCAUUGCGACUCAAGCACAUUUACAUUAAAAUUUCCCUUAUCUCUUCAUGAAAAUGCAGUCAAAAAGCAUACAAUAUAACCACAUUGUUUGCUUUUAAAGGACUCCAAACCACAUAAUUGUUACGUUAAUACUCGAACGACCAAAAAUAGUUUACCAAUGAUAUGACCUAAUAUAUAAUUAAUUAUAUAUGAUAUACGUCCUUUAAAUUAUUCCUGCAAUGGGGUAUUUCGAUUUAAUGCAGUUUUUUGGACAUACACCAUUGCAGUUUUGCACUAUUUGUCAUGCGAAAAUAAAAAAUAUUGUCAUUAAAAAUUAACAGAAAAUACAACUGAAUCAGCUGAUGUCGGACAAACGGAACCAACAAUGAAACUAAACAAGUAUUAUGAACAACACAACGACGACAGCACGGACAAAAAAUGUUCAACCUCUAAAUAUUAGACAGCACAAUAAUUCCGUUAAAGGAACUUAGUCUUGAAAAAUAUAACAACACAGGCGAACAUAUUGCGCUAACAACAAAGAAUCAGAUUAAAUUCAGGUAGACAACAAACCUGAACAACGGAGCAAACAUAUAAACACAACGAUGAAGAUUAACAAGUACUAUGGACAACACAAUGACAAUAGCACUUAACAACACAGAAUGUUUACAAUGACAACAAUUGUAUAGUAGUAUAUAUGUUGCUUUACACCAAAAAUAGUGUGAUUUUACACAAACUGUGUGUGACAGCAGACCCAACCAAUGUAAGUGUAAUUUUGCAAUGACAUGUGUUGGUGUAUUUUUACUCUUGUGUUUAAGUAAAAUCACAAUAAAAUUUCCAUCAUUGGACACAUCGGUUUUGGUAAAUUUGUCAUAGCUAUUGUUUUAUUUAUACUAUCUGGAAUGUAUCAUGAAACACUAGUAAAUUUAAAUAUUUUUUUAGGUAAUUUUAUAGAAACUAUGAGUAUCUAUGUAGGGUUUUACUUCUUCGCAAAUUAUUAUAUAUAAAUUUUUUGUAGCUAAGACUCUUAUUUUACACUUUGUACUUAAUUGUUUUUUUCUUAAUUUAUUACCAUUUAGUAUUAUUUAAAAUAUUCUAUGAUCCUAAGUGAACUGAUAUUGCAACAUUCCACUCCUUUUGAAAGUUAGUCUGAUGUCUUGUACUCUUGAACUAUUGUACACACUAAGAAAUAAUAUGGUAAUGAGUUUAGCCUUAGCGUAAAUAUAUGUUUUUCUAGGUACCAUAUAAACUGUAAGUGUAUACAAGCCUGCAUUUAAAAAUAUAUUUUUAGUAUGGAUAUGUAUUUAUGCAAAUAAAUGGUUUGUAUAAAUUGA